AUGGACGAGUCUUACGCCUACGAGCAGCCCUCCAACGGCGUCACCGAGCAGGUCGAGCAGGACGACAUUGUCGACCAGCAGGAGCAGCACCAGGACGACGUCUACACCAAUGGCGCGGCCACCAACGGCUCCGCCAACGGCCUCUCGGGCCUCAACGGCGGCGCUUCCCCCCAGCCAGCCGUGAUCCGCAAGACCCUCGCGUCUUGGGUCGGCUUCUCCAACCUCCCCAACCAGGUUCACCGUCGCAGUGUCAGGCGCGGCUUCCAGUUUGUUGCCAUGGUUGUCGGCGAGUCCGGCCUCGGCAAGUCUACUCUCAUCAACACCAUUUUCGAGACCACCCUCUCGCCCCCCAAGGUCGUGCCCGAGCCCGGAACCGACCGUGGCAAGACGGUCGAGAUCCAGAGCACUGCUGCUGAGAUUGAGGAGAACGGUGUCCGCCUCAAGCUCACUGUCGUUGACACCCCCGGUUUCGGCGACUUUGUCAACAAUGACGACUGCUGGAAGCCCAUUCUCGACAACAUUGAGGCCCGCUACGACGCGUACCUGGAGCAGGAGAACCGUGUCAACCGCCUCAAGAUGGUCGACAACCGUGUCCACGCGUGCAUCUACUUUAUCCAGCCCACUGGCCACGCCCUCAAGCCCAUUGACAUUGAGUUUAUGAAGCGCCUCCACACCAAGGUCAACCUCAUCCCCGUCAUUGCCAAGGCCGACACCCUUACCGAGGAGGAGGUCGAGCUCUUCAAGCGCCGUGUCCUCGCCGACAUUGAGCACCACGAGAUCAACAUCUUCAGCCCCCCCAUGUACGACCGCGACGACGACGAGACUGCGCAGGAGAACGAGGAGAUUAUCCGCAAGAUCCCCUUCGCCGUCGUCGGCUCGGACCAGGUCGUCAAGGCCCCCGACGGACGCAACGUUCGCGGCCGUUCGUACCCGUGGGGUGUCAUCGAGGUCGACAACGAGCAGCACUGUGACUUUGUCAAGCUCCGCCAGAUGCUCGUCCGCACCCACAUGGAGGAGCUCCGCGAGAAGACCAACGACGUGCUGUACGAGGACUACCGGUCCGAGAAGCUCCGCGCCAUGGGUGUCACCCAGGACGAGAGCGUCUUCAAGGAGACCAACCCUGCCGCCAAGCAGGCCGAGGAGCGCAAGAGGCACGACGAGAAGCUCGCCAAGAUGGAGGCCGAGAUGAAGAUGGUCUUCCAGCAGAAGGUGCAGGAGAAGGAGCAGAAGCUCAAGCAGUCCGAGGAGGAGCUGUACGCCCGCCACCGCGAGAUGAAGGAGGCCCUCGAGAAGCAGCGUCUCGAGCUCGACGACAAGAAGAGGCGCAUCGAGAGCGGCCGUCCGCUCACGCCCGAGAAGGGCUCGAAAAAGCGGUUCGGCCUGGGCAAGUAA